CGUCACAUGGGAGAGCUGAAUACGAACAUAGUAUGGAACACCGUUUUUGUCAGUUUUAAUCGUUUUCUACCGAAAACAAAAGACAAAUUUUGUGAAAAUAUGACACUGGUCGACUACCAUACAUUCUAGUUUCACUUUCACACUACGGAAAUACCCCAUCAUCUAUUUGUGACAAUGUACGCCUGUGUGUUGAUCCCUCGCGAGCUCAGCCUCGUCAUCACCCUCCACCCCAACCCCAUGCACGUCCUGGAGAUGGCGGCCACCAUAUGGAGCAACGUCCACCUCCCCCCGGGGACAGUCUUCUACCCUGACGAGGGUGAUGUUCGCGUGGACAGACUGGACAGUCGAGCUGUGAUCAGGGACGAUGACAUUCGGAGAAUGUUCGGAUGUUACGACGCCAUCAUGAACGUCAACGGACAGGAAGUGCGUCACUGCAACUGGGUCCGGUUCGUCCAAAUCACCAGCGACCCUGACUCCGCCAACGUCAUCAGUUCCAAGGUCAAAGGUCAUCCCUUUUAUCAGGUCACCCGGCCCAUCAAACCAAAUGAAGAAAUCGUCGUCCUAUUUCAUCUGGCACCGGAAAGACCGUUCUACGACCGGAUGCCGGCCGCGCCCUUCUCCGUCCACUCCCCUGGCAUCGCCUCGCACACGCCGUACACCGAGAUGGCCAUGUCGAUGCUGAUGCGUCAAAACCGAGGGGAAGAACUCGGCAUUAUGACGUCGACUCCCGUUUCCAUGGUGAUGUGCAAGAAAGAAAGAACCUCCACCGUCAGGCCGGAAGACGAGGUCAAAAGAACUUUACUUUUUUCUUCUUCAUCCUCGUCGUCUUUCACCUCGCCGACUGCCGACACGCCAAAGAACGAUAACUUCAAGAGAAACAUUCCACAAGAAUCGAGUUGCUCCUCCCCUAUGAUGACGUCAAGCUCUUCAAGGGAGACGACUGCCAGCGAUGAUCAGCUAAUCAAUGUUAGCCCGAAAGACUCGAAGGGAGACAAUUCAAAUACGGAUGUAAAAAGGGAAGUAAACACCGCACAUUGUGAUACUGCUGAAGAAAGUGAUGAGAUAAUUUUGAAGAGUGAGGAAGUGCGUAGUGAACAUGCUAAUAACGUUGAAGGAACUUUUAUCAAAGAUAUACUGGAGGAGACCCCUAGAAGCCACAGAGCCGGUGUCAGAAACCCCACCAGGCUACUGAACGAAGAGCAGCCAUGUUGUGACGUCACGGCCCCCACCGAGCAGGGUACCUCCUCACCCACGGAACGCGAGCCUGACCCCACCGAACAAACCAGCGAGGACGCGCCCCCACACCCGAUGCCCAGCGGAGACAGCGCCGCGGUGCCAGAGAACGAGAGCCCCGGGGAGGGUGCCGCCCCUCCACGGGAUCUUGGGUCGCCUGACGUGUUUUCAAAACCUCGGACUGUGUCCAGAUUCCAGACUCUCAACUCUGACGCCAGUGUCAGUGCCUUUACUCCAGCGUUCGAGGCCAGAAAUCAGGAAUGCCGGAGCCCCAACAGCCCCCACUCUACCCACCCCCCAGAACCCCAGGGUUCCAACCCCCUGAUGAAGAGGUGCCGGGAGAGGAGCUGGUGGCCUUGUGAGGUGUGCGGGAAGAAAUUUGACCGCCCCUCCCUGCUGAAGCGACACACCCGGACACACACAGGUGAAAAGCCCCACGCAUGUGACGUCUGCGGUAAAGCCUUCUCCACGUCCUCCUCGCUCAACACCCACAGGCGCAUCCACUCAGGCGAGAAGCCACACCAGUGCAAGAUCUGUGGCAAACGGUUCACCGCUAGCUCCAACCUAUACUACCACAGGAUGACCCAUAAUAAGGAGAAGCCCCAUAAAUGUGACCUGUGUUCAAAAUCCUUCCCCACCCCCGGGGACCUGAGGUCACACAUGUACAUCCACAACGGCUCCUGGCCUUUCCGUUGUGACGUAUGUAGUCGGGGUUUCAGUAAACAGACCAAUCUCAAAAACCAUAUGUUGCUACAUUCAGGUGACAAGCCACACGAGUGCCUGAAAUGCCAGAAGAAAUUUGCCCUCCUGUGUAACCUGAAGACGCACCUGAAAACCCACGAAUUGACAGACUCUAGUGAUAGCACCAGCUGUGCCUGUGGCGCCGUUCUGGAACUCGCCGAAGAAAUCCGGUCCGGAGUCUGCAGGGGCUGCACGGACACGAAGCACCAUGACGUCACGUCGUCCUCGUCCACCUCGCUGUCCAGCACACUCUCACGCCAGCGUCACACGGACUUCAGCAUCUCCAGGCUGACCUCUACAGACGGACCCAAACGCCUUGACGUCACUAGACCUCGUGCCAUGCCGUCUGGAACUUCCUCACCGUCCCCCGCAUACGUCACCUCGUCCCAUCUGCAUCAAUUUCCGGUGGCGUACAGACAAUUCUUUGCCGCACCCCACGCAGAACCUCAGCGCUGGUUUCUCCCAUCAGCGCCCCAGCAUCUCUACAGCCCCCAGACAGCGCCCCAGAAUCUGAAAUCCUCAAACCUGCAAAACUUUGUGAAAAAUGUCGCUCACCAUUCCUCUAAACUCGGCGCGACAAAUCCUGCGCAUGCGCUCUCGCCUUUUCUGUCACCGGAACUGCCACCCAUGCGCGGAGGACAGAUAUUCCCAACAAUGGGGACAUUACCCCUUGGGUUCCCCAUGCAAGCAGGAUCGAAUCCAUGGAACGGCCAUGUCUUUUGACUUAGUGAUCUCGAAAUUCGAACAAUGUGAUUUAUUAUUAUUUUUUUAAAAAUAUUUUGAAUCUCUAUCCUCC